GUAGCUAUUUCUGAGAAGAGCCGUUGUGUUUAUCUUCAAAGUAACGUAGACGAUCUUCAAAAUGCUGUUAUUGGCUUGAGAAGGGAGCUAACUGAGGAGCAGGGCAACAGCAGUGAUCUUGAACGAAAUAUCGAUGAACUUCAAACUACCCUUUCUGACUUGCGAAGGGAGCUAACUGAGCAACGAAGACGUUGCAGUUAUUUACAAAGAAGUAACAUGGCACUCCAAGCUAGCACCAGUGACCUCGGAAGAGAGCUUACUGAGUACAAGAAACAGUUGACAAAUGAGAAGGGUGUAACUGCAAAACUCAAGGAACAACUAGUUGAAAGGAACCAAACGAUUGAUAAUUUACGCAAAGUUGCUGAGGACACAGAAACCCAGUUAUCUGAAUUGAAGGUACAGAAAGCAUGGAUGCCGAAUCGGUGCAUGACAUAUAUAGGCAAAUGUUUGUCGAGCUUUUGUCAGGUGAGUGUUAGCUGGCUGCCCAAAUGGUUUCAAAGAAAGCGGGAAGAAACGAAGAGAAGUUAAAUGUAUUAACAGUAGUCUCGGAUAUGCAAGCAUGCUCAGCGUUGUGAUGAUGAAGGAAAUUAUCCUUCGACAAGACUUCAUUAUACCAUCAAGCUAGAAAUCAUAAAAGGAUGGUGAUGAUAAUUCUUUGGAGGAAUUUACACAUUGCAAAUGACUGCAAACAACUUCAUACAUUUUUUUCUGGAAGUAACUGCCAACUUCACUGCAUAUACCAAAAGUGGAGGGUGAACACGUUCAGGCAUCUUUACAGAACAAAAGAACUAAAAUGUAGUUAGUUAUUUUGCGAGUAUCUUAAGAUUUACAGAUUUAGCAUAAGCUUUUGAUAAUGUUUCACAAUUUCAACAAAAUUAAACUUUGCCGUCUUAUUACUUCUCUCAUUCAUCUUUUUUUGCCAUUUUUGAAAAGUUAAAAGAGCGCGUAGUAUUGGUGUGAUAUUAAUAAUGUAUGAAGAUCCUUAGGAUGCAUAAAAUGUGACCAAGCAAAAUGAUAGCAGACUCGGGUUGAUGGAGUCCGUUCAUGAAAAGUAAUGGAAUGUGAAACACCUCUCGGCCCCAUUUUCCAGUAAAAAAUAAAUGAUAUAGAUUCGUUUUCUAGAUCACAAUGUUAUGUAUUUUUUUAUCUAUUUUCUAAAUGGGGUGCGAAAGUAAAAUGAAUGAAAAUAUACUUUUGCGUGAUUAGAUAUUUUUGAAAUUUUGACUUGUUAUUAUCAACAUGCUGAUCUAAAUAUGUGUUUAGUUUGAAAAUAGUACUUUCUGUUCUUUUCAAAAUGGUUGUAAAAUAACAAAUGACAGUUUAGUACAUCUUAGUAAUUUUAUUAUAUUGUCAUUACUCUGUUUGUUGUUAUAUUGACAGAUUUGAUUGUAUAUGAAUAAUACUCAGUUUGAUGCAUUGUUGUAUUGGUUUACUUUUACAGGCAUGUAUUUAAAAUAUUCUGCAGUGUAUAGCCUUCAUGUUUAUUUAAUCAUUUUCGCUUUUAUGUAUUAUUAAUUUUAGAUAAUCCCAUACUUUUAUUCCUAGGAGGAACUUUUAAUUCAGUAAAUCUGUUAGCCUUAUUGUGAAAUAAAACUUCACUAACUGA